AUGGGAACCCAGCAACCGCGCGAGGCUGGCCUCGGCUUCCGGGGCACCUCUUCACUCCCUCCCACAAGCCCAAGGCCUCGGAGCUCUGCAGCUGAGGUGCUAAGAAGAGACAGAACUCUCCUCCCUAACAAUCCUGGAAAGCAGAAUCCUAAGAUUCCUCUCACAGGCACAGGGGCGAUGCCUUUCGCCCGCCUGAGUGCUUCCUGUUCAGCUGUCGGAUCUUUACAUAACGCAGAGCCGUCCCAUUGCCUUCCCACCCCGAGGUCUCAGCCGCCACCUAUGUGGCUAAGGCACCACCAGUGGCACAAGUACUGGAGCCAGAGUGUUAGAACACAGGGCCCGCUGCCUACAGCACCGUCACCUUCAGGGUCCAGCCGCCUGGAGAAAGGACGGGGCCUCGGCUUCCUGCCUUCCUUUUCCACAAGAGCCCCACGAUGCACCCAUCCUUCUCUCCUGUCCUGCUCUCCACUCCCCGCUCCUAACAGUACUGGGUACCAGGUUAGUUCUCGCGCUAAGUCCUGGGGACGAAGCUCAUUUCCUAUCCGUUCUAACACCGUCAACUAUGGUACCAGUGUUGGUGGAAAGAGCAGAUUUUCCCGGUGUACCACGGGACCUCAUUCCUCUGCAGUCUGCGCUCUGCUUCCAGGUGAGGGCGGGCUGAGUGUGAAUUACCUGAGGGAGAGGGACCCACAGGAGGGCUCUGGAACCCUGGCUUCACCCAGCUGCCACAAGCCAUACAAUAAAUCAAGAACACCGAGUCGUAGUUUUUACCCGGACUCUUCAUUCCCCUGCACCUGGUGCUGCUUGGCUGAUGGGAACACCCAGAACCACAGACUGACAGGAAGACUGGAGACUGUCCGCUUCCAGCUCGGAACUUACUGUGUAAAUAAACUUCCAGAAUUGUUAUCGUGA